GUAAGGGUAUAGAGAGCAUGAAGCAGUGCAGAGGAGGCAUCAGACUCAGCGAUACCAGCAAGACCAUUAAGGCCAUUGAAUUGGCAUUAAGACCAUCUACCUCGAGACAUAGACAAAAAGCAGUCACAGCUACGAUCAUACUUGACAGCCAUGAUAAGAAGCAACCCUCGGCCAUUGACUACUGAGGAAAGAAAGAACCUACCCUGACACACCACCUCUCACUUCUCCUCCGAUGUAGCAUCCAUCCCACAAACUCCCGCUCGCACUCGCAUUCGUCAUCUCACCAACCGCACCACUCACCAACCACACACAGAUCAUGGUCGGCUUCUCACAGGCAUCAGAGCUACAGGCAUGGACAAACCUCCAAAAGUACUACGAGGCAACAGGCAAGACCCUCCUCGUCCGAGACCUCUUCAAGAAUGACCCAGGCACGUCAAACUCAACCCUCAAUUUCGCUUCAAGUGCUAAUCUCUACCACAGAACGCUUCACCAAGCUCUCGCGCGAGUUUAAGGGCCUCGAGAACGAAGGCUCCAUUCUCUUUGACUUUUCCAAAAACAUCAUUGACGAUGAAGGCUUCAAACUCCUCGUCGCCCUCGCAAAGGAAGCAGGCGUCGAGGAGCUCCGGGAUCAGAUGUUCCAGGGUGAGCACAUCAACUUCACUGAAGACCGCGCAGUCGGUCAUGUUGCCCUGCGAAAUGUAGGUGACGAGCCCUUCAUGGUGGACGGCAAGGAUGUCAUGCCUGGCGUCAAGGAAGUGCUCGACCACAUGAAGGAGUUCUCCGAGUCUGUGCGUUCCGGUGAGUGGAAGGGCUACUCUGGCAAGGAAAUCAGGACAAUCGUCAACAUUGGUAUCGGCGGCUCCGACCUCGGCCCAGUCAUGGUGACCGAGGCGCUCAAGCACUAUGCAAAGCGCGAUCUGGCGGCUCACUUUGUUUCCAACAUUGACGGCACACACAUGGCUGAAGCCCUGCUCGCCUCAGACCCAGAGACAACCUUGUUCUUGGUGGCCUCCAAGACUUUCACUACGGCAGAAACGUGCACGAACGCCGCAACCGCCAAGAAGUGGUUCCUCGACACGGCCAAGGAGGAGGAGCACAUUGCAAAGCACUUUGUUGCACUCUCCACCAACGAGGAGGAAGUCACCAAGUUUGGCAUUGAUGCGAAAAACAUGUUUGGCUUUUCCGACUGGGUGGGUGGACGUUACUCUGUAUGGUCGGCCAUUGGUUUGUCUGUAGCACUCGUCAUUGGCUACGACAACUUCCAUGCCUUCUUGUCUGGUGCACACGGCAUGGACAAGCACUUCAAGACGGCGCCCAUUGAAGAGAACAUCCCCAUGCUCGGUGGUCUGCUCUCUGUCUGGUACAGCAACUUUUGGGGAUCCCAGACGCACUUGGUUGCUCCAUACGACCAGUACAUGCACCGCUUCCCAGCAUACCUCCAGCAAAUGUCCAUGGAAUCCAACGGUAAGGCCAUCACACGCACCGGUGAGCACGUCAAGUACACGUCCGGUCCUAUCCUCUUUGGUGAACCAGGCACCAACAGUCAACACUCCUUCUUCCAGCUCAUCCAUCAAGGCACAAAGCUCAUUCCAGCAGACUUCAUCAUGGCUGCUGAGUCUCACAACCCCAUCUCCGGUAACCUCCACCAAAAAAUGCUGGCUUCCAACUUUUUGGCACAGAGUGAAGCCUUGAUGUUGGGAAAGACACCGGAUGAGGUGGCUGCUGAGGGAGCUAAAGCUGACUUGGUGCCACACAAGACCUUUUUAGGUAACCGUCCCACCACCUCGAUCCUUGCACAAAAGAUUACACCUGCUGCAUUGGGUGCGCUGGUCGUAUACUACGAGCACCUUACGUUCACUGAAGGUGCUAUCUGGAACAUCAACUCCUUUGAUCAGUGGGGCGUUGAACUUGGUAAAUCACUCGCAAAGAAGAUUUUGUCGGAGAUUGAGGAGAAGAAGGCCGGAGAUGCGCAUGAUGCCUCCACCAAGUCGCUGUUGUCGGAGUUCCUCAAGCGUAGCAAGGCAUAAGUCAACUAUUCUGUCUGGGUGUAUGCUCAAAUUUAGUAUCAAAUAGACGAUGAAUGACUAUCUAGGUAUG